UGUGGCAGUCGCUGCACCUCAGAGCUCGCCUCACACAGCAGCCUACACACACUUCUAGAUGACAAGCGCUCACACUUCUCCGUAAGCCCCCCCCCCGCGAGGCAACACUUUGGAUGAUUCCCUCAGAAGUAACGAACGGCACCGGAAUGAACCAUAAUGGGGGUCCAGGGGAGCCCCCUAUUUCUCCCACCCUAGGCAGCGGUCGGAAGCGACUGAGCGUAGGGGAGCUGCGACUGUACUUCGAAGCUCGCUGCACGGCUGAGCCGGACGGGCUGAGGGAGCCCAGGCGCAGGAGAAGGAUGGGCAGCGGGAGCUGGCACGGGAGCAACGGGGAGGUUUCCGAAGAGCCGAGGAGAGGGAGCUGGGAAGCCUCGCGGAGGAAGCACGUUAUCCCGCAGCUGCUGGUGACCACGAGCGAGGAGCCGCAGCCGCCCCCCAGCCCAGCGGCGGUGCUCAUAGACGGCUGGGACGGGAUGAGGACAGAAGGCUUGUUAAAGCUAGCCAGCCGCCGGCUCUCCGUGUCCAGCACGUCCCUGUCCUCCACCGGCUCCUCGUCCGCUCUGGAGGACUCUGAGGAUGACCUGCUGAGCGACUCCGAGAGCAAGAGCCAAGGCAAUGUGGACCUGGAGCACAGCGAGGAGCAGAACCUGAACAAAUCUUGGCAGAAAAUCAGAACGAUUGUGAACAUUCCUGUUAUUAGCCCUUUCAAGAGACGCUGGGUGCAGCUUGCUGGCCACACAGGAAGCUUCAAAGCCGCUGCCGGGGGGACAAUUUUAAAACGUUACUCUGAGAAUGAGAAGAAUUGCUUUGAGCUGCUGAUGAAGGACCCUCUUGCUGCCUGUGUUCCCACUUUCCACGGGGUGACAGAAAGAGACGGGGAAAGUUAUAUCCAGCUGGACGACCUUCUAAACAACUUUGAUGAGCCUUGUGUUAUGGACUGUAAGAUGGGGGUCAGAACGUAUUUGGAAGAGGAGUUGACGAAGGCUCGGGGUAAGCCCAAACUAAGGAAGGACAUGUAUAAGAAGAUGAUUGAGGUGGAUCCUCAUGCGCCUACAGAGGAGGAGAGCUCACAGCAAGGAGUCACCAAACCCCGAUACAUGCAGUGGAGAGAGACUAUUAGCUCAACAUCCACCUUAGGGUUUAGGAUUGAGGGUAUUAAGAAAGGUGAUGGGACAUGCAACAUGAGCUUCAAGACGACAAAGACUCGGGACCAAGUCCACAAAGCCUUCCUUGGAUUUAUUGAUGGAAACAUGAUAAUCUUGAAGAAGUAUCUGACUAGACUGCAGGAAAUUAGAGCUGUUGUGGAGUCCUCGGAGUUCUUCAGACAUCAUGAGGUAAUUGGAAGCUCCUUGCUGUUUGUACAUGACAAGAAAAGCAAGUGUAACAUAUGGCUUAUAGAUUUUGGAAAAACGACGCCACUACCAGAGGGACAAAUCCUCGACCACCAUAUACCCUGGGAAGAGGGGAACCGGGAAGACGGGUAUCUUUAUGGAUUUGACAAUCUAAUUGAAAUCUUAUCCAGCAUUGCCUCUUGAUAAGGAUUCCUCAGCGAGUCCCCCCGACCACUACAUUAGGACUGUCCGACUGUCCAUUUAUUGCUGUUUACUAUUUGAGAUGGAUUUUUAUCUCCUGGUGUUGGAACUGAAGACGCUUUUAACUAAGGAAUCACAAUGCUUGUAAUGUGCAGCCUCUCCAUACGGUUUGGUGCGGAUGUAUUUAUGCCUAAUUUUUAACCCUUGACUUGUGGGUAUUCUCUACAGUAAUCUGUGAUGAUCUUCAAACCUUACUUUCUUUGAUGAAGCCUUCCUGUACUCCACAACACUGAAUCGGCAGCGAUCUCAUCCGAGAUUUUCCAAAAUAUACCACAAGAUAUGACAUCCUGACCUUGUACUGGAGCCUGUGUAUAGGACCCAUGUAUGUCAUGGACCCUGUGGGCCUGUCAAUUACACUAAUGAUUUUGUAGGGAUCACCAUAUGGCUCUCAGAAGGCAUAUUUAUAACAUAUCUCCAGGUAUUGGAAGCUCAGAAUAUAAUAUUUCAUAAUGAUUUUGCAAUUUGAAGGUUGUCGUACCUGAGAGAAGCGUUUUGUGCCCAUUCAGAAUGGUUUCUGGGGGCAAGUAUCAUUCGGAAUUUGCUGAAUCUAACGUGCAUGGACAUCCGUAGACCUCCCCAGCAGUACAGCGUCACUUGUGCUGGAUUUUUUGGUCAGACUUUUAUCUGGCAGCUAUUUUAGAUCAGUGGUCAGCUUUAAGAGGUUUUGAUCUCUGAUCUCCAGCUAACCUACAUGUUGCGGAAAGAUUUACUUUAAAAGGGUUUUCCGAGACUUUGCUACUGAUGACCUAUCGGUUGUUUGAGAAGGCACCGGUGCUCGCGGUAGCACCACGCCCUUCUCUUAGCGCACCGAGCUGUGCUUGGUAUCGCAGCUCAGUUCAAUGGGCCACUUGGGUCACGUGACCGAUGAACGUGACGUCACUGGCGUAGACUAAACUGAGAGAAGGCUGCGGCACUACAGUGCCUUCUCAAACAGCUGAUCGGUGGGGGUCCCGGGUAUGGGACGCCCACCGAUCAGAUACUGGUGACCUAUCCAGGGGUCUGGUCAUCAGUAUAAAAGUGUCAGAAAACCCCUUUAAAGUUAUGUUCACAUUUGGUGGGUAUGCUGCAGGUUUUCCACAGUGGAAUUGCAUGUGAAAAAUCCACAUCAUAUAACGGUACCAGCCAAGUGUAUAAGGUUUUAAUAAAAUGUCAUCAACAUGCCGUAAAAAAAAAAUAAUCUAUAGGAAAUUGACCCUGCGGUUUGGAUUUUAAAAUCCAGCAUGUCUAUUUAUGCUGCGAAUUUCCGACCAUGGAUUUCACCCUUUGCAAUUCUUUAUGUUAAAUCUACAGCAAAAUUCACAAUGUAACUUGGCAUGGAUGAGCAGAGAAGAAUGUACGGGUACUGUAUAUUUA